GGGGUACUGAGAAAAGUUUCCAAAAAGCAAUCACUUGCUAUCAUGGUCUACUAGGAAAUCCAUCAACACUUAGCUACCAAACAAAAAACCAGUCACAUGGCAUGUACAACAUGAUACACACCAUCUCCUCUUCAGUUGCUGAGAUGUUUCCACUGUUCCAAGUCCAGGUUUUUAUUCUACCCUUUACUCCACUUCACUACCAAUACUUUUUACUAGUCUCAAGUACACAAUAAAAGCAACCAAAACUGUACCUUCCUUGGCCUUCAAGUCUUAUCAGUUUGCUUCUUCUACAUAUAACUCAAAAGGACUUGUUGCUCAAGCCCUUCCAAACCCCAAAAAAUGACCACAAAAAUCCUAAGCUCCACAAACAAUGGUUUUGAGAGUGAAUGUAAGCAGAUUCAUGACUCUUGGGGCAACCUAAACCAACUGGUUCAAGUCUUGGCUAGCCGGACCAAGCACGAGCGCCGGCAAAUCAAGGAGACUUAUAAGGAAAUGUAUGGAGAAGAAUUGGUGGAUCUUAUGCAAAGAAUGGUGAGCCAGAGAGAUAAUCAGGCCAAGAUUGCCUUGUCUAUGUUCAUGCUAGACCCUCAUGAGAGAGAUGCUAUGGUAGCAAGGAAAGCACUUGAAGAUACCAAUUACAAGGCACUUGUUGAAAUUUUUCUGGGUAGGAAAUCAAGUCAUAUUGUGCUCAUCAAACAAGCCUAUCAAGCAAGGUUUAGGAGGCAACUUGACCAAGACAUACUCAACAUUGAACCCCCUCACUCAUAUCAAAAGAUUCUUGUGGCACUGUCUGCAUCACACAAGGCACACCAAGCAGAUGUUAGCCAACACAUUGCAAAGUGUGAUGCAAGAAGGCUUUAUGAAACAGGGGAAGGAAGCUCUGGAUCAACCAUUGAAGAAAAUAUUGUGCUUGAGAUUCUCAGUAAAAGAAGCAUUCCACAGUUGAAGUUGGCAUUUUGUUGCUACAAACACAUCUAUGGACAUGACUACACAAAGUCUCUCAAGAACAGGAACUCCAUUGAAUUCUCAGAUUCUCUAAGAAUGGUUGUGAAAUGCAUAUGUAAUCCUCCCAAUUACUAUGCCAAGGCUCUGUAUGGAAGCAUUAAGGGGAUCACAGCAACUGAUAAGGAUGCCUUGGUGAGGGUGAUUGUGAGCAGAACAGGUUGUGUAGACAUGGAAGAGAUUCAAAGGGAUUUCAAGAAGAAAUUUGGGGUGGAAUUGAGAGAUGCAAUCUGUGAAAAUAUUCCUUCUGGGGAUUACAGAGACCUUCUUGUUGCCUUAGCUACAAAAGCAAGUACUUCCAUUAGAGCCUCUGCAAUUACUUCUGAAUUUCUUUAGUGGAAAGCACCCUUUUUUUCCAGUAAAAGUCAAAGUUGCUUUCUUGAAUGUACAUACUAGUUUCCAAGAAGCACUAGUUUGGUGUGCUUCAUGUUAUUCAACCAAGAGACACAGAAUAAACCCAUGUUUGGUAAAUGUUGUGUA